AUGCAGUCAUUCCUAGACCAACGGCGGUUCUACAAGCAACUGGAAACACAAAUCGUGGUGAAACACGAACAAUCCGAGGACGUCCGCACCCACGAGCGACGCUACUGGUAUCGCGGCGAAGGAGGGCUCGGUUCAGAAGACCGAGAACCCGACAAUGGCGAGCCAGCAAGAAGAAGGAGAGAACACGGCCACCGAACGAUCAUUUCCGGCCCAACGCUCGAACCUCGUCAUAGUGUCCGGGAGCAUUUAGAGCGCGAAGGAGAUGUUGAGCAGGCCGAUUAUGCUCCGGAGGUCCAGGCAGAUCCGUAUACGAUCAACACGCGUGAUACCAUGGGAGGAAAUGUGGAUAUGAUGGUGACUGGCGUGGAAAGAGAGCGAACUCGUCAAGCGGUCAAUGGAACUACCAAUGGGACUGCCAAUGGCACCACGGAUGGAGUUGAUGGAGCUUCUCAUGGCGACCCGGAAAAGGAGAAAAUCGUCUUGGUCAUGUACGAGGGCGACACCGAUGAGAUGGAUCCUCAUAAUUGGACUUUUACAUGCCGGGUGGCGUGCACCACCUUGGUAUCCCUCCUCGCUUCUCUUGUGCUGUGGUCAUCGACUAUCGAUACAAGUGCUCUUACUUCUACGAGAAAGCUUUACCAAACCAGCUUUGAGCUCCAGUCGGUACCGACAGCGAUGUACCUGAUCGGGCUCGGAAUUGGAGGCAUGGUAACAGCACCUGUUUCGGAGCUAUUCGGCCGCAACCCCCGAAUCGUCUGUCGCGGACUAGCUGGUCUCUUCGCAUCCGCACCACUUGUCUGUGCCGCAGCCGCUCUUGUCGACCUAUGGUCCUUAAUCGAGCGAGUCUACGCCUUUCCCUACUUUGCCAUCAUCUCAUUCCUUGGUCCCACCAUCGGCCCAACGCUCGGUGGCUUCAUCAACAUGUCGCCUAGGAUUAGCUGGCGCUGGGUCGACUGGAUAACCAUAAUCAUGUGUGGGGUGCUGGUGACCAUUGUAUUUCUAUUCCUCCCGGAGACAUACAGCACCGUUCGUCUAUCGUGGAAAGCAAAGCAACUCCGCCGUCUCACAGGGGACGAUCGAUACCGCGCGCCAAUGGAAUUCCACCGCUAUUACUUGUCCCGAUGUCUAGCCAUCGCACUUACUCGACCAGUCAUACUCUGCAUCUCUGAGCCCAUCAUCCUCAUAUUUUCCGGCUACAUGGCCAUCACUUUCAUCAUUCUCUACACCUUCUCAGCAGGCUACGUCUCCAUCUUCCAAAACUUCUAUGGCUUAGACCAGGGUCAAACAGGCCUCGCUUUCCUCGGAAUAACAAUCGGAAUCAUCUCCGCCGGCCUCGUGGUCCCCUUCAGCAUGAUGCUUACUCGACGAGACAUCUACCGCGCCCGUGCACGAAGCCGCACCCGUCCCGAACCAGAAUUCACUCUCUACAUGGCCAUGUUCGGGGCACCAAUGAUCCCAGUCGGGCUAUUCUGGAUGGGCUGGACCACAUACGCCGCUCUACCGGUGUGGGUUCCCAUGGCUUCGUCGCUUGUGUUCGGAUUCGGCAUCCUUUGCGUCUUCGUCUCGGCGUAUCAGUACGUCGCUGCGACGUUCGAAUACCAUCCCGGAAGUGCCUUGGCUUCGAUACAGAUGUUCCGGCUUUCGGCUGCCGGUGUGAUGGCUGUUGUUGCGGACAUAAUGUAUAAGAAGCUUGGGGUGCAUUGGUCUCUUACUGUGCUUGGUGGCAUUGCGACGUUCUUUUUGCCGGUGCCGUAUUUACUGUAUACUUGGGGACAUCGGGUGAGGAAGUGGAGUCGGUAUAUUCCGAAUACGGAGCAAUCGCAAUGA